GAGUAGCAGCAGAAAUGUGCAAUAUGGCGGAAUGCGUAGUGAGCUAUUUAGUAGCUAAAUGGCGUACUGUUGUCUUAGGUCCUUGUUUAUAUGUGAGAUAAUUGUUUGAAAUUGAAUUUUCUGUGUUGUGCCGAAUUGCUGCCGAUCAUAGUUUGUUUCGUUUGACUAGUUAAGUUUAAGACGGGAUCGGCGGGAAACCAUAUACGCAGCGGAAUUUGUUUAUACGUUGCUUAGGGAGGACAACAUGUGAAACUCGAACUUCGAGCGCACAAGGAAAAUGAUAAUCAUAGAAGCUUUGAGGAAAACUUAAAACAUAAAUGAACAGCGAAGAAUACGAAAUGCAGGCGUUCCGGUCAAGUGCUGCGAAAAUGGAACCAUUGUGCUUACCUCCACCGCCGCCACCACCCCCUCUACCUCGGCCUUCUUUCAUGCCACCACCUCCACCUCCUCUCUCGCAGGCACCAAAAAGGUAUGAAUCCGCAGGAAGCAGCCCAGUUGUUCGGCCAGUACAGAACCGCUUUUUAAAGCCGCCAGAUCAGCGCCCAUUCCAGCGCCCGCCGCAUUUACCAUUUUUACUUCCACCUCCUCCCCCCAAAUUUCGUAACCACGCACAUCGACAACAUGCAUCGCCAGCUGCACAGUACAGGGCAGUGUCACAGAGCACUUCAUUGCAACGAAGAAAUCUGGAAGUCAAUGAUAACUCUACAUCUGCCACCAUACCGGCUGCGGAAGAAGAGUCUUCUCAAUUAAAAACACCCACUGUGAAAGAAGAGACAGGGCCCACUGAGCCUGUUGUACGAGAUGACAUGGAAGAGAAGUCCUGUACUUCAGAGGACGUCAACAUGCCUAAUAAAACAACCAGAAAAAGGCCGUCUGAAAAAGAUUCGGAUAACUCUUCUGGAUUACCCAAAGAAUUAACCCAGAAAUUUGGUCCUCUCACCUGUGAACUGUGUUCAGUUUCUGUAAAUUCAACUGUACAAGCAAAGAUGCAUUACUCAGGGAGGCAGCAUGAAAAGAAAGUUCAUAGUUUCUUAUUGAACUGGUCAAAGGAGACUGGAGAGCCAUUGCCAAAACAGUUUAAAGAUGGCCCACCAAAGAAAAGCAUUCCAGAUGUUUCCUUCUGUGAAGUAUGUAAUGUUGCCCUUACGUCAACUGCACAUGCGGAGCAGCAUUACAUGGGACGCAAUCAUCGAAGAGCACUUGCAGGCCAUGCUGCAGCGAAAGCAAAGGUAGAACAGUGUGCAGUUCCUACUACUGAUCAGACGGGAAGAUUUGGGAUUGGUACACAGUUUCAGCCAUGGUCAAAUGCAGAUCCACUAGUGCUUAAAGCACCUGAACCAGAUUCACCAAUUCAGAAAACCAAGAAGUUUUUCUGUGAACUUUGUAAAGUGGCUGCCACUUCACAAGACCAGUUGGAUAUGCACUUACGGGGUGCAAAACACAGAAAAGCAGAAACUGCAAAUAAACAGAGAUCAACUGUGACAAGUACAACUCCACAGGCUACUCAGUCAGAUUCAAUUCUUGCAAGUGUGAUACAGAAUGAAGAUGGCACACAGAGUUCCGUGGGAAAAGACUAUUCUAUUUAUAGAACACCAUCUGGUUAUUAUUAUUGCCAGCCAUGUAAUUUAACAUUAAACUCUGAAGCACAGUUCAUUCAGCAUUGUGAAAGUAAGAAACACAAGGUUAAAACAGCAACAGCGAAAAAGCCUGUUGGCAGCCCUUUGAAAGCUGGCAAUGUUGUUGCCUAAUUUAGUGUUACAUAUGGUUAUACAUGUUAUUUUUUGUUUAUCUCCACCUGUUAUUCAGAAGUAGGGUCAGAUUUUGCACCUUUAAAAGUCUGAGUUUUUGACAAAGUACAAAACAAAAUGAGAUAAACAGGUUUAUCUUCCAAACAAGAAAAACAUAAGGUUAUGAAACGUAACAGUUUCUUGAUACAUGAAAAUGCUGAGCUUUACCUUGAAGUGCGCAGACUGCGUCAGAAACUUGAAGGAAACGAUAUUGUGACAAGGCAGCUCAGUCGUGAAGUUGGAUUAGUUGAAUUUGCCCAAGAUGCUGCAGAGACUGACCCGUGAUGUAUCACAGACACCAGUAUUGACAAAAAGUGGAGAACACAAUUUCAGACCUGUCAAACAAGCACAAGCUGGUUUCAUUAAAUAGAGAUCAAAUAGUCCUCAAAUGAUUCUGAGUGCAAUAAACUGAAAUGCACUGUGAUUCAAGUAAUCAACCUCCACAGUGUGUGUUUAGUUCAAAGGUUUAUACAUGUGACUGCCUGCAGUGUCAGCUAAACAGUGUCUUUGGAAAUCAAAACUUUGGUAGAUUGACUAAACUGUGGCUUUCAGAUAGAUUAUACUGUGACUAUUGUCAGCAAAUAGACUUCUGCAGUUUGUUGGCUUUCUGUCUCUGUGGUUCAGGAAAACCUGCAGUUUAUGAGAUGACAAAAGAGUAUUUUAGAUUUCACUAAGUUAAAAGCCUAAGAAGUCUACAUCAAUUGCCAGUUUUUUUUUUUUUUUUAGAACUACUUUUGAUUAAACUAUACUUAGUAUAAAUGUGAACAGAGCUAUGUUUUACACUGGUAAUUAUCACUUUCCCUUUAGGCAACUGAAGUGACAUGGUAUUAAAACUCAGUUGAAUACUGAAGCUAUUUUAAAAAUAGUACCGAUUUAGGCUGCAUAUGGUCUUGAUAUCUCUACAUGUGAAUCCCAGCAUAUUCUACAAGAAAUCUGACAUCGUGCUGAGGUUUAGAGGCCUUCUUUUUGCAGUUACAAAUAUAAAGAUUGUCUCUUACUUCUGGAGGUUAUCACUAAAUGACUUCAUGUGCACUGUUAUAACUUAAUAGCGUAAGCAAUCUAUGUGUAAGCAACUGUUUUCCAUGUGGUGAAUGUUAGAGUAACAAUGAAAUUGUCAUUGGGCUUAAAAUAUACCUAGGAAGUAGUGUUUUGCACAAGUUUUGAAGUUGAUUUUUUUUAAGAACCUGAAUUUUCAAAACAAAUGGUGUAAUAUGGUUCAGUAUUAUUGUUUUUUUCCUCUUCAGUUAUAUCCAGUGACUAUACUAACGCAGAAAGAUGUACAUUGUAGUACUUGUUAGAUUCAAAUAUUGCGUGCAUUUAUUUGUAUUGUUUUUCUCUGGAUCCAGUAGGCACUCCAUAAACUGUUACUGUUUGCUUAUGUGACCCUCUGUUGUCACUGCAAAAUGUGUAAUUUAAUGAGAAGCUUUGUCAUAUGAUGAAAAUUGUACUGUCAUCUGGAAAGAAGUCCAAAAUUUCAAAUCCCCAUACGUGUUGUGAAGAAAAGCCGUACCUCUUGACUGCUAGUCUGCUUGGUAGUUGCCAGUCAGAUUGUUUAUUUCAAGAAUGCAAAAACCCAUUAAAUAAAGCCUUGAAUGCUCAUUCAACAACAAUGAAAUAUACAUUAAGUAAGCUGUAACACAUGAGACUCACAGUGCUAAAAAGCAUUCUGUAAUAACAUGUAUGCAAUAUUUUUUUCUGAAGUUAACUGCAUUGUGUGUUUCUCCUGUAUUGCUACAUAUUUUUUGUCUCGUCUUUCAUUCGGCUGUUCAUAUUAUUCCUGUCAUAUUGUUUCCAUAUUAUUGUGUCAACUUGGUGAAUGUAGUUAAGUAGUACUGCAGCAAUAAAACACU